UAUCUACGUUACAUUGACGACAUAUUUAUUUUGUGGACAGGCACCAAACAGCAAUUUAAAAACUUUAUAUCUGAACUUAACGAAGAACAUAACUCUAUCAAAUUUGAUUAUGAUAUGUCAGCAAAAGAAGUCCCAUUUUUGGACACGAUCGUUUAUAUCGAUAACAGAAACCAUUUGCAAACAAGACUACAUAGGAAACCCACAGACAGACAGAAUUAUCUUCAUAGAGCAUCUGAACAUCCACUACCACUAAAAAAUAGCCUAGCCUACAGCCAAGCAUUAAGAAUUAAGAGAAUUUGCUCUGAUAAUGCAGAGUAUGAAAAUAACACAGAGCAACUUGUCAAAGCAUUUACAUCACGAGGAUACGAAAGAGCAAUCAUUGACAAACAAAUAAAAGAGGUUGACAGCAUUUCACGCGAAGAACUACUAAAACAAAAUUCUAAAAAGACAACAAGUAACAGAACUCCAUUCAUCACGACUUAUAACAGAACCCUUCCACCUAUUGGAAGUAUAUUACGUAAGAACUGGAACAUCCUUAACAUCAAUCCCAAAAUCGCGAAAAGCUUCAAAAAUUCUCCCAUGAUGUCAUACAAACGUAACAAGAAUUUAAGGGAUAUUCUUGGGAGUAAUAAAAUAUCCAACAAUGAAGUAGCAAUAUCUAAAAGCCGUAAUGAAAAGGGUCAUUGUAAGCCAUGUAAUACUAAACAAGGCAAUUUAUGUUGCCAACAAGUUUUGAGUACAUCAACUUUUAGAAGUAACCAAACCAAGCGUACUUAUGUGAUCCGACAUAAGGUUAACUGCAAAAGUAAGUAUGUGAUCUAUCUACUAGAAUGUAUAAAAUGCGGUUUACAAUACAUUGGUAAAUCAGAAACACAAGUCAAUCUACGAAUAAACAACCACCGAAAAGACUCAAGUAAAUCAGCAUCAAUACCAGUUUGCCAACAUUUUAACAACACUUCCCACAACUUCAAUAAUGACGCGAAAUUUAUAAUAAUUGAACAGCUUAAGUCUCUUGAAGGCGACAAGGAACUCUUAAGAUCUCGACUGCAACGACGAGAAGACUUUUGGAUAAAAAAACUGAAAACCCUAAGUCCGCUUGGGUUAAACAUGGAACUCAAUAGCCCUAUAUAGGGCAAUACAUUUCAUAACCUCGUUUUCCCAAUUCAUUCGUGCAUUUUG